CUUGAGUGAAUGCCACGUCUUACCAGUAGCAUCAACGCAGACAGAAGUAUCAGCGGUUAACCGAACAUUUAGUACGCAGGGCAGAGUAAUCCAGCGGAGGCAGUGAUAUCUGACACAACCCGAGGGGAUAAUAUGGGCUGCGUACGUCUGCUGGCACUGACGGUGGUCACAUCUGCAGUUCUCCUGUUAGCCUCCCAUUUGACCAUCGCUCAUAGCCAUUCCCAUGGCGACCAUGGACACGGACAUGGCCACCAUCACCACGGCCACCAUCACCAUGGCCACUCCCACGGAGAAGACGAUCUCUCUCACGGCGCUCAGGUGAAGAUGUUCCACGGGGCGAGCAAGUGGAGCGCCGAGGCCAACCUCCCUCCCCCUGAGGAGGAGCACCAUGGACACGCACACUCUCACGAUCACGGACACGGACACGCUCAUGAUCACGGACACGCACACGCUCAUGAUCACGGACACGCACACGCUCAUGAUCACGGACACGCACACUCCCAUGAUCACGGACACGCACACUCCCAUGAUCACGGACACGCACACUCCCAUGAUCACGGACACGGGCACGCUCAUCAGGAGGACGUUGUCCGGGUGCACAAAGAGGAUAGCGGACACGGGCACUCACACGGCGGGGAGAGGGUGAAGAGGGAGGCCGAGAAGAGGGACGUGGUGGAGAUGUGGACACAGGCUAUCGGAGCGACGCUGCUGAUCAGCGCGGCUCCUUUCCUCAUCCUGUUUCUGAUCCCAGUUCAGUCCAACAGCGACCAGCACCAGAACCUGCUCAAGGUGCUGCUCAGCUUCGCCUCAGGUGGACUGCUGGGCGACGCCUUCCUCCACCUCAUACCGCACGCGCUGGAGCCCCACUCCCACCACGGAGAGGAUCACGGACACUCCCACGAAAGUGAAGAGUCACAUGACCACGGUCACUCCCACGGAGCUGCCCACGGUCACAUGAUGUCAGUGGGUCUGUGGGUGCUCGGUGGGAUCAUCGCCUUCCUGGUUGUAGAGAAGUUUGUGCGUCUGGUGAAGGGGGGGCAUGGCCACGGACAUUCCCACAGCCACUCGCACGAUGCUCCCAAGGAAAAAGACAGCGAUGGAGAAGAAGAAAAGGAAGAGAAGAAGAAAGAGGAGAAAGGAAGUAAAGACGAGAAUGUGCAGAAAAAAGAGGGGCAGAAGAGCACAGACAUCAAGGUGUCAGGUUACCUGAACCUCGCGGCCGACUUCACACAUAAUUUCACAGACGGCCUGGCGAUCGGAGCGUCGUUUCUGGUUGGUCCAACGGUUGGCGCCGUCACCACCCUCACCAUCCUGCUGCACGAGGUCCCGCAUGAGAUCGGAGACUUUGCCAUCCUUGUCCAGUCUGGCUGCACCAAAAGAAAGGCUAUGUGUCUACAGCUGCUUACAGCCCUGGGAGCUCUUGCAGGCACAGCUUGCUCCCUAUUGGCCGAGGGCGUGGGCGCCGCGGCGACCGCCUGGAUCCUGCCGUUCACAGCCGGCGGGUUCGUUUACAUCGCCACAGUGACCGUGCUCCCAGAGCUGCUGGCGGGCCGCUCCAGUUUCGGCCAGUCUCUGAUGGAGAUUCUGGCCCUGCUGUUCGGAGUCGGCAUGAUGGUGCUGAUCGCCGAGUACGAGUGAGACGCAGCAGAGUGAACAGAAGCUCCUCGCGGAGUGAGACAAGGAGGGAAACGGUCAAAAAAGGUUAAGAAAAAUGGCGGUUUUAAGUAGAGUUCAAGUGGAUUAUUGUUUGUCAGGGGUGUGUUUUCUGUUUUUUUAUAUUAAUUCUGUUCUGGGACUAACACCACCCAUUGAUGGCGAGCAGAACAUUUUUGUCGUUACGUGUUUUUUUUUUUUAGCAGUUCAUGGUCCCAUCCUUGAUUUGUGUCGAUCUUUUUUGGCCUCUGAGACUGACGCUGCAAAGGAGCAACCCGCUGGGAAAGUUUUUGAGGACCGCUGUUCGCUGAGGGCCUCCAUCACGACAGGCGGUGACAUCUUUCAGCACGUGGACCAUUCAGCAACUGUUCUGUUGCAGCUUAAACUGACAGCUGUAUCCGGCCUCAGGUGGCUGAAAGUAGAUCCACUUUGAGCCACGACGCCAAAUUGUCUGUCAUUUUUGCACGUCCUUGCUGGUCCGUAAAACUACAUUUCAGAGUCGGGUCAUUUCCGCUCAACAGUGACCUGCUCAGUUUCCUCUGGAGACCUUGAAUGUUAAGAUUUUUACACUCUACAGAAUAAAAAUGUUGUGGCUUCUACAGAUGUGUUUAAAAUGCAACAUGUUUACUCUUAAGUCAUGAAAAUCUUGAUGAAAGGAAAGAUUUAACAUCUGUGACACAAUCUUACUUUUCAGCAAUUAAUUAAAGACACGUACUUAAAAACGUAAUGUGAGAUAAGUCUGACUGGUUUAAUGGCCUGUUUUACUUUGGAUGAAACUCAAACCAAGUGGCAUGAUUGUAUCUGCUAUAAACAGUUCUGACCACAAGAGGGCGCAAGAGGUCCAUCAGAUGGUGUUUGACUUUGCUGUGAAAGAGGAAGACCGAGGGCUUGCAGAAAGAAUGCAGGAGCAUGAAAACAGUUCACCUGAUCCUUAUCAUGCAGACAAGUAUCACAAGUUUCUCACUGAACCGGUUCUAAGGAUGGAGGGAGUCUCAUGCUGCACGCAUCAGAAAGCCUUAAGAGACCCAUUUGUGAUUUUAAAAAAAUAAAUCUGAAAUAAAACUAACUUAGAACAUAAACGUAAUCAAAACAAGAAAAAAGACAUUUUCAGAGGCUCCAGUGUAGUUUGAAAAAAAUAGAAAGCUCAGGUGUUUCUGAACAAGGUUUUCAAGCGUCUUCAGGAC